AUGAGGCUCAUUGCCAAACAAACUGCAAAAACUGGUAUUGCACUGGACGGGCAAGUGAUCUUCUCUUCAGGAUGGGAAUAUGGUUAUUGGCUAAAUGAUAUGGUCACAAUGAGAAUUGCAUGGAAUCCUCACUUAGAGGAAUCCGAUCAUGAACAAGCUCUAUUGAAAACUUUGGAUGAUUGUUCACGUUCGUUCAUAUUUGACAAUUCCAUUCGAUCACAAUUCAAUUUACUGACGGUUCAAGCAAUGCUCGAUCAAACCAAAUAUCUAAUCUUUGGAAAGGUCAAUGGAACACAACCUUCAAAUUUAUACAAGCGAUCAGGUAUUUCUCUUUUAGAGGGAUGGGAUACAUGGAGUGAAUUGAACAUUUUGGCUGAUUCGUGGUUUGGUAUGAAAAUGGAGACUCAACCGUCCAAGUUGCAGUACCAUCUGAUGGAAACUUCCAAACACAAAUCUGAUUCGGCCGGUGAAGAACUUCACAAGAAUUUGGCAAAGAAAGUCAUUCAAGAUGCACAGCUCGUAGUGGAUCAUCGCAUUAAGAAUUUUAGAGUGAGAGAUCCUGAAGUGAUUAUUGGUUGGAACUUUAAUCCAACAGCCUAUCGUUUCGGUUACUUGUGGCAAACAAAGAAUUUGUACUUUUGGUGGAGAGACUAUGGAAAAGUCAUUCUAAAGUACGAAUUACCUUGUUUCAUGAAUGUUCAAGACCCAGUCGAUAUUAUGAUUGGUGAAGGCAUUGCAGAAUAUAUGGCUGAGGAAUUGAGGAAAGUUUUGGACUAUUUGAAAUUUUUGGAUGGUAUUGUAGAUUGUUUGGCUGCUCCAAUUCAAGAACCAAAAGUUCCACCUUUCCAAGCGUACAAUAAGUAUUAA